AUGUCUGCAGAUCUUUUUGCCGAGUUCAAUAGUCUUUCAAAUAACUCAACGCCUGCUUCAGGUCAGCAGCAGCAGCAGCAACAGGCCACUCCUUUUCAAGCUCAAGCUCAGCAACAACGGGAACCUCUUCAACGGGCAGCAACACAGGACCUCUUUGGUCUGUUAGGCGACACUAGCAAUGCCUCUGCUGUAAAAUCCCAGCCAUGGCCAGCCUUUGAAUUUCAAUCAACCGCGCAUAGCGCAUGGGGAAGUGCUCUGGUACCGUCGAAGCUGGCGGAGACAAAUGACGACGAUGAUGGAUGGGGAGAUUUUGAAGUCGCCGAGCCUUCACAACCUGCAACAGUCAAUGAGGCCCCGGUUCAGUCCCCGAGUCCUGCGCCGUUUUCUGCAUCAGGUUGGGGUUCAACCGUAAAUGCUCCCUCAAGCUCAGCAAACUCAUCGUCAAUACCAUGGCCCAAGCCAGAUCCAAGUUCAGCUGCAGCUGUAGCCCAGAGGGUGCCCGCAGUGAAACAGCAACCGCCAACCCGAGUUGUGAGAGCGUCAACCAUGGAUCUAUUAUCCAACAGUCUUGUCGAUAUAGGAGGAGCUUUGAAGCCUGUCAGUGGCCCCAAAGCCCAGCCCUCCGGAACACAGUCACGGUUUACGCAGGAAUGGGGGCAGCCAACAGUUAGUCAGGAGCCGCCGCAGCGGAUGAAGGCGAAACUCAAACCUUCGGCACAACAAGAUCCCAGUGUGUUGUUUGAUGCUGAGGACUUUGAGCUUCAAGUUGCUGAAGGUGAUGAUGAUGACGACGAUGAUGAGUUUGGAGACUUUGAAGGUGUCCUUCCUCCGGUGGCGACGAAAAUAGCACCUGCAGUUACUGCCCAAGAACCACCUCCAGCUGCUCCACCAAUGGAUCUUCUUUCUUUAGAUGAACCAGCUCCAGCUUCAUCACAAACCGCAAAAAAGCCACCGCCCGCUAAGCUUCUCGGGCCUCUUGCUUUUGGUGCCACUGCUACGAAUUAUCCCCAGGCACCAAAAUCGCCCUCUUUCCAGGAUCGUAAUCCUUUCCCAGAAUUGGCUAUUAAAACACCUACUUUUGAAGAACCAAAACCUAUUGAGAAACCCAAGGAAGAAACACCCACCACAGCAUGGCCAUCCUUUGAAAGUCCCAAGGACGCCGAUCUUGUUGAAACCAAGUACCAAGACGAUGAGUGGGAUGCCUGGGACGAUUUUACUGCCUCCGAUGAUAAGAAAGCAAACACCAGCACAGGAAAAGUACCGGAGGGUUGGGGUUGGGAUGCAGUUGAUAAUGUUCAACCUUCACAUAAGGAAUCCCAGGAUAAUGCCCCUCCACCAGUCAAUGUCCCACCUCCUUCAGUCAUCUUGUCUGCAUUCCCUGAUCUUCUCAACUCAGGUACAGCUUUUUUCAAGCCCAUAUCAGGCCACAGCACAUCAAUCAAACAGCGAAUCAUAUCGGAUCCCAAAGCUACAGAAUUCUUGCGCGGCUAUAUCCUCUUAGCAACAACUGCCGCACGAGUUAUUGCUGGCCGUAAACAACGGUGGCAUCGGGAUAAGAUUUUGGCAAAAAGCAUGUCUAUCUCAGCUGCGGGAAGCAAGGGUAUGAAACUUGCAGGAGUCGACAAAACACAGGCCGCGCGUGAAGAUCGUGAGGCCGCUGAUGUGGUCGCUGUAUGGCGCGAGCAGGUUGGUCGCCUGCGAUCUGCAGUUGCUACGGCAAAGUCUGUCGAUAAGAGCCUGUCACUUCAGGUCCCUGAGAUUAGCGAGAACAUGCCAGUGCAUACAGCCAAGAUGGUACCGACAGCACCAAAAGCUUGUAUCAUCUGUGGUUUGAAGAGAGAUGAGAGAGUAGCCAAAGUAGAUUACGAAGUCGAGGAUAGCUUCGGGGAGUGGUGGCUAGACCACUGGGGACAUAAGGCGUGCAAGAACUUUUGGAUACAGCAUGAGCAAAAGCUACGACAACGAUGA